GAGUAAAAAUCGCAUCUCUCUAUAACCAUAUCUAUCAGAGAUUUAUCCACAACGGUGUUCUUGCUCUACUUCAACAUCAACCAACAGCCAACCAACGUUAUCGAUUAAACAUGCCGGGCCCUGUCGUCGAAGAAGUUGAAUCCGAGAAGAAGGUCGAGGAGGUGAGUCCCGUGGUUGAGGGUGUAGUUGAGGAUGUUAAGGAGGAAGACGACCACCACGAUGAAGACGCCGACGAUUCCGACGACGACGAUGAUGACAAGGAGGACGGUGCUCAAGGUGGUAGUGAGAGUUCAAAGCAAAGCAGGAGUGAGAAAAAGAGUCGAAAGGCAAUGUUGAAGCUGGGAAUGAAACCCGUUCUUGGCGUCAGCAGAGUCACCAUUAAAAGAGCAAAAAACAUCAUGUUCUUCAUUUCAAAACCAGAUGUAUUCAAGAGCCCAAACUCAGAAACCUAUGUGAUAUUUGGUGAAGCAAAGAUUGAGGACUUAAGCUCACAGCUUCAAACACAAGCUGCCCAACAAUUCAGGAUGCCCGACAUGGGUUCGGUCAUGGGCAAAUCGGACAUUUCAGGUGCAGCAGCUGCAGCAGCAGCAGCAGAUGAAGAAGAAGAGGAAGUGGAUGAAACUGGUGUUGAGGUACGUGACAUUGAUUUGGUGAUGACGCAAGCAGGUGUUUCAAGGCCUAAAGCUGUCAAAGCUCUCAAAACUCACAGUGGUGACAUAGUCAGUGCUAUCAUGGAGCUCACCACUUAGGUUCUGUUUUUUGGAAUAUCAGAGUUUAAUUUCAAUUUAUCAACUAUGGAAGAAUAUAUUAUUAUUAUUAUUAUUAAACUUGUAGCUGCUUGAGUUGAAUUAGUUUUCAUAAGACUUAUCCUUAUUGUUAUUAUUUUCUUUUUAAUUGCAGUUGUUGAUCAAA